AUGAUGGACAACGCGGCGGCCAGCCUGAGCAACAUGGACACGGCUGAUAGCAACUGUAACAGUAGACCCUUCCAAAAUGAAUCCAACUUUGACAAAACAAGAUUGAUCAUAAAAAAUAUCCCAAAAUAUAUGAACGAAAUGGAUUUAAAGAAACACUUUUUUAAAAUGAAAGGGAAUUAUGAAUUUAAAAUAACAGAUAUAAAAAUUAUGAAGAGAAAAAAAAUUGUCAAGAAUAAAGAAAUUUUUGAGUCGAGGAAAAUUUGCUUCAUAGGUUUUAUUAACAAUACAGAUUGUGAAAAUUUUAAAAAAUCUUUUAAUAACACCUAUAUUAAUACUAGUAAAAUUGUCAUUGAAGAUGCUUUUUCUCCACUUAUUUCCAAAAAUGCACAGCAGAGCAGAAACGCCACUUCCUAUGCCCUUAAACGUAUAGGGGAUAUACAAAAAAUGAAGAAAGACAAGUCUGUGAAAAUUGUGAAGAGCAAUAAUUUUGUCAACAAAACGAUUCCCAUCAAGAAAACCAAAGCGGGGAUGAGCACGACCAGGAGCCACAUGAUAUUUUUAGAUGAUCAACCGGUUCAGGGCGAGGUGAAGGAGGAAGAGAAGAAGAAGAAGAAGAAAAAAAAAAAAAAAAAGGAAAAGAAGAAGAUCAAAAUGGAGGGGGAUAACCCCAGCGAACGGUUGGACCCAGCGGAGAAGACACGCACAAAUGGUGCUAAGGAGGAGGUAGAUGAGGAAGGCAACAGGGAUGAUGCUGCACAUGCUGAUACAGGGGAUGACGCAAAAAGUAAUGCAGAAAAUGAGGAGGCCGAGGAGGAAGGAGCCCUAGAUUGGCUGAAAAAAAUCUCCAAAAGGGAGGAAAGUGAGAUAAAUAACCACAGUGAUAAGAAUGACCAGAACGAUAAAGGUGCGCAAAGGAAUCGUCUAUUCGAAGACGAAAUGAGCACAGCGAGUAAUCUGUCAAGCGACGAAAAGGAAGUGAAAAAAAAAGAGGACAAUGGCAUGGAUGAUGAGAAUUGUGAAAAUAUGAACACAGGAAAAAUUAUCAUCUUUAACCUGCCCCCUGUAAGCGAGCAGGACGUAAAGAAUCUGUGUGAACGUUUUGGUCCCGUCGUCGAUGUGAAGGUCUUUAGGAACGUAAAAAAAGGAGCAGUAGUUCUAAAUUUAAAUGAGAAAAAAAACAACAAAUCGAGUGACGACUUUUUUAUAAAACUGUUGAAGGAAAACCACGACUCCUUUGCAAACGAAAAGGUAAAAGAAAAAAAAAAAAAAAAAAAAAAGGUGGACGAAGAUGACAGCGGUGUGGAGAAAAUGAAUGACAGAGUGAUAGGUGAUGGGGAGGCCGAAGAUUGGAAAAAUAAAAACAGAAGCAACAAAAAUGAGUCUAUCCUUAAUAGUGACCUUACAAAUGUAAAGGUAUAUGCCUUCGUCAAUUUUAUGUUCCCCAGCGCCUGCGAGCGAGCCAAGCAAUUUUUAAAUCAUGCCAUUUUUAGGGGCAAAGUGUUAAGCGUUAAAUAUGCUAAAGAAAAAAUUGGAGACUACGAAUAUACAGAGAAAGAAAAAAAUAAUGUGUUCAUUAAAUUAUCUCAUGAUUCAAAAACAUCAUAUAAGAAAAUAUUGGAAAUUCAAAAAAAAAGGAAUUGCCAAAAUGAAAACAUCUGGAAUAUUCUCUACACAGACAUUAACUCAAGCAUUCACAGUUUCUGCAAGGAAAAUAAAUGUAGCCCGAAUUCUAUACUAAAUAUAAAGGACAGAAAUAUUGCCGUUAAUGUUUCGCUGACGGAGACAUACAUAAUUAACAAAAUGAAGGAGUGGAUAAAGAAGGAGGGGAUCUACUUGGAGGCCUUCGAGCAGAUAUAUAGGAAGAGGGACGAGGGGGGAGAACCGAGUGGAGAGACGGAUGGAAAAACGGACGGAGAUAAUCCCCCCGGGGAGGAGCCCAGCCACACGAACCACGUCGUCAAGUACAAACGCAGUGAUGAUACCAUAAUUGUAAAAAAUUUGUCCAUUCAAACAAAUCAAAAGGAAGUAAUAAGCCUUUUUAAGAAGUAUGGUGUUUUGAGCAAAGUUAGUUUUUCCCCCUAUAAUAAUAUAGCCAUAUUACAAUUCGAGAAAGCGGAAAAUGCGAAGAAGGCCUUCAUAUCGAACUCAUACAUACGGUAUAAGAAGCUUCCUCUCUAUUUGGAAUGGGCCCCCAUGAAUCUGUUCCAGAAGAAGGAAAAUCAGGAUGGCGACGGAAGUAGUAACAAGGGGGAGACGAAGAGUGGAGAAAUACCCGCGAAAGAAGCAGUGAAAAAAUCUGAACAGGAGGGGGCCCCGAAGGAGGAACAACACUAUAGCGAAAGCGAGUCCAGUGAUGAAGAAAUUACACAUGCGAGUAUCUACGUCAAGAACCUCAACUUCAAUACAAAGGAAGAAGACCUAAAGAAGUUAUUCGAAAAGUUGGAAGGAUUUAUAACCUGUAAUAUUGUGAAGAGUAAGAAGGCCAUAUCGAAGAAGAAUGAUGAAAAGGGAAAAGAGCCAGAACAGAAAUUGUUGUCUCAGGGAUACGGUUUUGUGGAAUUUAAAAGUAAGGAGCUAGCUCUUGAGGCUAUCAAAAAGUUGACCGCCACAACUUUGGAUGGGCAUGUACUGGAGCUGAGUCUUUCUCGUAACAGAGUUAAAAAAAAAAAAAAUAAAAAUAAUGAAGAAAAAGAGGUAGUUAAGGAAAAAAAAAAAAUUACCAAAAAGUUGCUAGUAAAAAAUUUAGCUUUUCAAGUAACGAAAGAAGAAUUAAGGAAAUUAUUUUCUGCAUUUGGAAAUAUCAAAAGUGUCAGAAUACCCAAAAAUGCAUAUAACAGAAGUAGAGGAUAUGCAUUUGUUGAGUUCAUGUCAAAAAAUGAAUGCCUCACUGCGAUUGAGUCAUUACAACAUACCCAUUUGUAUGGAAGACAUCUUAUCAUCGAUUUUGCCGAUGAUUUUAUUUUUGAUAAAAAUGUGAACGAAUUUGACAAAAUGAAAGAGGAGGGUGUUAAUAACAAUAAUGGCGGUAAAAAAGAAAAGUGCAUUACGUCAGAACAAGCCAAGAGAAAAGCUACCUAUGAGAAGGAGAAGAAAAACCAAGUGACUGAAUCGAAAAGAAGGAAAGUGAUGAAUAACAUGCAGGAUAUUUGA